AUGGAAGAAGCACGAAUUGCAAGAAAGAGAGCACAUUAUCAACUUCGGAGAGCAUCCGCAUCAAUGAUCACGAAUAAUACCGAGUUCUUCUAUCGAAUGGCAUUCAGUGAUGUUGAGAAACGAAUUAAUGAACGUUAUGCGUUUUGUUGUCGUGAAGCCGAAAAUGUUGUAAACGGAAAUUGUGCUCAUGCAGGAAGACUGACGCGGAAAAUGGGGAAUUUGAAAUGCAUUACUGAACAUGUAUCCUUUGGUAGCAUCUGCUUGGAUAAGGAGGUGCUGAACAUGUUAGCGGGACAUCGAGGAGUUUGUCCGCGCUGGAUGGGAAAUAUACUUACAUUUACCAAUCGUGAAUAUCGUUAUCUAGCUUAUCGCUCUUUCAGCUAUUGGGUUCAUGGUAGUGAAUCAAAAGGCAAUCGAAUGGACCCACCACUUUGUGUUCUGAACAAGAUAGCUGAGAGAUAUCCAUUCGAUGAUAAAAUUUCGACUGGUUAUCCUGUGCUAUUCUUACUGUUUGGACCUUACUUCUUCGAAGAAUACGAAGAAGGCGAUGAUAUGUGGAAUUAUAUCGAUUUACAAUAUUCUCGCUGA